CACGGUUGAUCACCGCCUCAGUCUGGCUUGAGCGGUGAAGGAGGGAGGGUGUAUCGCUCCCACUCGGAUUGCUAUGUAAAGUUUAAGUGCUAAAACCCGAACAAUGGAGAGCAACUCACUGUGCGAGAGCCUCCUGAAGUGGCUGGAGACCUUCCCGGGCAGAGAGGGCACCAAGAUAUCACACCUCACUGACGGCGUGCUCAUGGCCAACGUGCUGCACCAAAUAGCUCCCGAAUAUUUCAGCGAGUACUGGUUAACGAGGAUAAAGGCUGAUGUGGGUGACAACUGGCGCCUCAAGGUGUCCAAUCUGCGGAAGGUGCAGCAGGGGGUGGUGGACUACUACCAGGAACAGCUCAACCAAAGCAUUAGACACUUCCCUCUGCCGGACCUCAAUAAGAUAGGUGAACACGGCGAUGCGGUGGAGAUGGGACGGAUGCUGCAGCUCCUCCUGGGAUGUGCGGUGAACUGUGAGAACAAACAGCAAUACAUUGAGGCCAUAAUGAACAUGGAGGAGCGUGUACAGAAGGUGAUCAUGGAGGCAAUACAGGAACUAAUGCUGCGUGAGGGGUCCCCGGGGGCUGUGGGGCUGGACGGGGAUGGCCGGGAGGGGCUGGGGGUGGCCGGACCUGCCUCUUUCCACCCCCACCUGAAAAGCAUCCUAGAGCAGCUUGAGGCAGCCACACAGGGCAAGGAGGAGGCCAUCAGGAUGUGUCAUGAGCUGGAGCAACAGAUCUCAGUGCUGAAGGAGGACAAGAGCACACUGAACAGCGAGAACGAGCGUCUGGUGAACCGUCUGGAGGCGUGGGAGGCUGGGGCUGACCUGGGGGCUGGCUCCUCCUCCACCCUGCGCUACAAGGACCUCAGGAAGCAGAUAGAAGGGCUGCAGGAUGAGCUGUUUAAGGCAGAGACAGCUAGAGAUGAAUACCGAUCCCGUGCCGAGGUACUGGAGCUGAAAAACCAAGAAGUCCAGGGCAAGAAUGAGGAACUACAGCAGCUGGCAGACCAAGCAAGGACUCUGAAGGACGAGGUGGAUGUGCUGCGGGAGAUGAGCGAGAGGGCUGUGGUGUACGAGGGGACCAUGGAGACUUAUAAGAAGAAACUGGAGGAGCUGUCCGACCUGAAGAGACAAGUUCGGAUCCUGGAGGAGAAGAAUUCGGACUACAUGCAGCAGAAUCUGGAGCUGGAGGAGGAGGUGAAGAAGAGUGGCACGUGGCGGCCGCAGCUGGACAUGUACAAGAAGCAGGUGGGAGAGCUGCAUCAGAGAGUGGCAGAGGAGGCCAAGAAGACUGACAGGCAGGUCUUUGAAAACAAGAAGCUGGCGGAGAAGAUGGAGGCGCUGGUGCAGGAGAGAGAUAGGCUGGCCAAGGAGAGGGAUGGGCUGAAGGAGACCAUAGAGGAACUGAAAUGCCACAUCUCCACCAUCACCUCCCCUGACACAGCCUCCCGCCCUCCCUCUGACCUCUCCGAUGUCGACUUGUUAGACGCAGUGCCACAUGAAUUCAGGGAGCGUCUGAUGCGGCUGCAGUACGAGAACAGUGUGCUGAAGAAGGCGGCAGAGGGCGGCAGCAGUGAACAGCUCCCCAUGCUGCAGACACUGGUGGCUGACCUGCAGGAACGCCAGGCCUCCCUCACCCAGGAGAACAGACAGCUCAACACCAGAAUAAUGGAGUUGGAGAGUGAGGUGGAGGAGGCGCGGUCAACCUCCUUCACCGCCACCACCACCACACCACCCGCUGUCGCCCCGCCGCCGCCGCCACGCCAGGACCCGGCAGACACUCGGAAGCUGACUGACCUGGAACGCAAGCUGGCUGAGCAGAGAGAGAAAGUGUCAAGGCUGGAGGAAUCACUGACCAAGAAGGAGGGAGAGAUGGAGGCGAUGGAGGAGCGAUACAAGAAAUACCUGGGGAAGGCGAAGUCUGUGAUCAAGACACUGGACCCCAAACACAACCCUGCCCUGGUGCCUGAUGUCUCCCACCUACGCUCCGCCAUCCAGGACAAGGAACGCAUCAUUGAGACCAUGGAGCGUGAGACGGAGAAGAGCAAGAUGGUGAGGGACAUGGAAGAGAAGCUCAUCACCACUGCCUUCUAUAACCUGGGAAUGCAGAUGCACCGACAAAUGAUCAGCCAGCGCCUUUCAACAGUGGACCAGGGACACUCUUUCAUGACCAGACAGCGGCAGGCAUCUACGCGGCGCUCCCAGAUGGGCAGCAAUGUCGGAAACAGCGAGUUUUAUGAUUACUAGCAGCUGCCGUGCCUGCCAUCCUGCAUGGCAAGCUCCGUCCAGCGGCCACUAUGAUGACAUGCGGAUCAGCUGACUCGAGGUGGCGCCAGCACUGUUGUUAUUAUUGUUCUUGUUGCGUGGUGGGUUUGUAUGUAGGGGACAGCUGUUUGUAUGUAGGGUUAAGGCACGUGUAUGUAUGUAUGUAUGAACAAAUAAUGGUACGUGUGUCUGUAUGUGUGUGUGUGGCAAGAUUUCUAGUGGUGGUGGCCCAGUGCUUUUAGUUCAGUUUUGUAUCUAAGGGUUUGAGUUUAAGCCAUUAAUGAGGUUUGCUAACACCAGGGAAGGUUCACCAGUACAGGAAGCCAACACACAUGGUAGCCUGUGUAGUUGUGUCUGAGUUUUCUGCGGUUUGUCUUGAUGUAUCUGGGGUGUAGUGCGCUGGAGUGGACUUAGAAGAAAAUCAAUAACAAAGGUUUUAUAAAUGAGUGUUCUUGUUGGUAAAGUGUACUGAAGGAGUUAAUGUGUGAAUAGAAGGUAGAUGAGAAGGAAGAGUUUUUAAGAAGUAUUGGUGAAGUUUGUGUGAAUUAGUUAUGAUUAGAAGAUAUAGAGAACAAAGAGAUUUUUUUUAUUGAAUAUUGGUGAAGUAUGUAUGAAUCAGUUUGAAUUGAGAAAAGCAAGAAAUAGGUAUGUUUUUAAAGUCAGUGUCUGAGGAUAAUCUGUACAGGAAUUGAUUUGAGUUUAAUUGUGAAGAGAAGUUAGAAAAGAUAGAAAGAGGUUUUUAAUGAUGUUGAUUAAAGUUUGUGAAAUGUGAUGUAAAAAUAACUGUGAAUGAGAAAGUGUUUUUAAAUUAAUGUUUGUGUGGGUAACAUAAAUUAGUUAGUGUUUAAACAUGAAAAGAAGUAAUAAGUGAAAUAUGAGCAUUGAAAGAUGAAGAGAGGCACAAACAUGACAACAAACAUGGAAGUGCAAUAAGCCAAUAACCAACAUUAAUUCAAUCUCAACUAGAAUUAUGAAUCGUAUUUUAACUCGAGACAGAACUACUUAACAGAUAGAAGAGUGAGAGUUAACCCUUCAGUACUGUGACGCUUUUUACCAUGAGUUCUGGGUACAAUUAGACAAUUUUAUUUACAUUAGAAAGUGUCUAUGGAGAUUAGAAGAUUGAUAGCAGGAGUCUUCACUAUUUUAAUCCCGACAUAAGUUUUUGAAGCUGUUUAAAAUCACCAAUUAGUAAAGGGGAAUAGAUUAUGGAAACACAUCAUAGUACUGAAGGGGUUAAACAGGAAUGUGUCAUGCUGUGUCUAAAUGUUCUGUGUUGUGUCUGGAGUGAGAGAAGAGGAAAAGUCAAGUUUCAAUUAUCUUCUGCAACAUGAGGGGUUUCAAUUCAGCAGUUUUGAAAUUUAGUAAUGAAAUGUACAUAGAAAAUAGGAAAAGGAAGACCAAUGCUGUGCUAGCUAGAGGAAUAAAGUAACUUAGUAAUUCAGAAAAAAGGAGAAGAAAGGAAUAAAGUAACAGUAAUAAUGUAAUGUGAUGCUGGUUUUGUUUUAGAAGUUUAUUAAUGACAGUAUAUGGAAGGAAAAGAGACAGUGCAAUAAUGAUAGAAGAAAGAUCAUAUUUUUUUGUGAAUGUUAUCAGAGAAUAUAAAUGUCAUAAUAAUUCAUUCUCUUUUAUUUGAGAGAGUAAUGGAAGGAAAAGAAAGUGCAAUAAUGAUAGAAGAAAGUAAGACCAUAAGUUUUUUGCAAAUGUUAUCAGGGAAUAUAGAUGUCAUAAUAAUUCUUUGCAAGUUAAUGAUAGUGGUGGUGGUGGUGGUGGUGGUUGUAGUAGCAGCACCAGAACACGUCGCACAAACAAUAAGAAAAUACUUAAAAGAAUAAAAAAAAAAAAGUAUCUUAUUUUUAUAGCAUCAGACACUUCAAGGAGUCUGAAUGGAGCACAAAUAAUUAAAUGGAUAAGCUGAUGAAAUGCAUAUCUUAAGAGUUGAAAGUUUGCCUCCAUUUAAUUAAAGAUAAAAAUAAUACGUAUGAAUAAGUAAGAGAUUUAACCCACAACAUAAGAAAAAGCCUUUAGUUUUAGUAAUACAUUGACUUUCGCUUGUUUAACGAAGGAAAUCUUAUAUGCAUUGAUUUUUCAUUGCUCUAGGGAAAUUUUUAUAACAGAUUUGAGAAUACUAGCAUUUCCAAUCAUGUUAAAUAAAAAAAAGUGAAGUAUGGAGCUGUUUCUUUGAUUUUUGUGUCUUUCUACUCAUAUUCUUCACUUUUUUUUCGUGAUUAAGUAAGAAAACCACCAGCUUUUCGAGGGGCCUUAUCAAGCAGUGUAUAAAACAGUGAGCUAGUUGUCAUUACUGGGUUUUAUUACAAUGGCUUCUGUUAUAGGCUAGUGUUUGCAUUAUUUUUAGGGUUUGGUUAGGUUUAGCUUCAGCAGGUGUUAGCUCUUAUUAAUUAAAGUUUGUAUUAGUUUGUUAUGAUGAUUUUAAAGGUGUGUUUCUCUUUGUAAGGUAAAUUAUGGUACUGGAGCAACAGAAAAAUAUCGUCUUUUUUUUUUUUUUCAGAAGCUUCAUGCACCGAAUUAAAAUCAAUAAAAUAAAAAUAAAUAUUCUCUUUCACAGCAGCAUUUGAAUUAUUAAGCUUUCAAGGAACCAAGACAGCCUUAUUAAGGCCGGUUCACACUUGCCAAGAGGAAAAUAUCGUCUUUUGUUUUCCAUAAGCCUCAUGCACCGAAAUAAAAUGAAUAAAAUAACAAUAAAUAUUCCCUUUCACUGUGCUUCAUUUGAAUUAUUAAGCAUUCAAGGAUCCAAGACAGCCAUUAGGGAAACAUUGCAAAGUCCUGUCUUACUUAACCCGCCACUAUUACAGACGCUUUAGCAAAAUCUCGUGUCUUGAAUUUUUCCGAUUUUCUGAGCAGUUAUGAUGUAUGAGUAGCCAGGGAUUCUAACAUUUAUUAUAUUAUUCUUGCAUAACAUGUGCUUUUUAUAUUUAAGCUGUUUAAUAGGUUUUAAUGAUAUUGCCAGAGAGAGAGAGAGAGAGAGAGAGAGAGAGAUGACGUUUUAUAAUGUCUAUCUGAGAUAAAAGAUAAAUCACU